UUCUUUGCAGUGUGAAGUGCUGCGACGGUCUGUGUGGCUGGAUGUGCCUCUGCCUCUCUGCACUCGUGCAGCUGCAGACGCGUGUUCACCUUUCUGCCUCCACUCAUCCUGGAAUCAUUUUGUCUCAGUGACACAGAAUGAAAACUCAUGGUCUCUUCACUUUAUCCUUUCCUCUUAUUCUUCUUCUGCACGGAGGCACCUGUUCAGAAGCAGAGCACAAGCUCUUCUCCGUCAUCUUCUCCAACUACAACCAGUACAUACGACCAGUGGAAAAUGUCUCUGACCCUGUCAUCGUGCAGUUUGAGGUGUCCAUGUCACAGCUGGUCAAAGUGGAUGAAGUCAACCAGAUCAUGGAGACAAAUCUGUGGCUGAGACAUAUCUGGAAUGACUAUAAGCUCAGAUGGAAUCCAAAGGAAUUUGGAGGUGUGGAGUUUAUCAGAGUGCCGUCCAACAGGAUAUGGAAGCCUGACAUUGUUCUUUAUAACAACGCGGUCGGAGACUUUCAGGUGGAUGACAAAACAAAAGCCCUACUUCGUUAUAAUGGUGAUGUCACCUGGAUUCCUCCAGCCAUAUUCAAGAGCUCCUGCAAGAUUGAUGUCACCUACUUUCCCUUUGAUUACCAAAACUGUACCAUGAAGUUCGGCUCCUGGACAUACGACAAGGCCAAGAUUGAUCUGGUGCUCAUUGGCUCAACUAUCAAUCUGAAGGACUUCUGGGAGACCGGGGAGUGGAUGAUCAUUGAUGCCCCCGGUUACAAACAUGACAUUAAGUAUAACUGCUGUGAGGAAAUCUACACAGACAUCACAUACUCUUUGUAUAUCCGCCGCCUGCCUCUUUUCUAUACCAUCAACAUGAUUAUCCCCUGCCUCCUCAUCUCCUUCCUCACAGUGCUCGUCUUCUACUUGCCGUCCGAUUGCGGUGAGAAGGUCACAUUGUGUAUCUCCGUCCUGUUGUCUUUAACAGUGUUCCUCUUGGUCAUAACUGAGACCAUCCCCUCCACCUCACUGGUCAUCCCUCUAAUUGGCGAGUACCUCCUUUUCACUAUGAUCUUCAUCACCCUCUCUAUUGUCAUCACCGUUUUUGUAUUGAACGUCCACUACCGCACACCAGAAACCCACACUAUGCCCUGCUGGGUGCGAAUGGUCUUUCUGGGACUGCUGCCCAGGGUGAUGUUCAUGACCAGACCACAGAGGGACCCAGAGAAGGUGACAGUGGCCAGGGCCAUUCAGCAUUCAAGGUCCUGUGCUGUCCAUGUACCGUGUACUCCGCAAAGACAGCACAAUCCUCAGGCCUCGGCCUCAAGCCUUGUGUCCGGCUUGAUUAAUCGACAGCAGAUUUUCCAUAACACGGAGCUCACCAACCUCAAUAGCCUGAGCAGUGGUGCAACCAAAAGUACAACUUCUGAGUUUCGGAGUUGCGAGGGACACUGCAACGCCUACCGGCACCAACGAUCCAGCAAGCUGCCAGUGGACUCUGGAGGAGGGAGUGGAGGACUAGGCAGUAUGGGGGUCCUGGCUGGAGGGGGCACUGUUUUGGCUGAAGGGGGUAGUCAGUGCUCCAGCACGGAGUCUCUAAAUGGAGGAUUAAUGUCCUUGCUGCCACUCUCACCAGAGGUCAGGGAGGCUAUUGAGAGUGUCAAAUACAUAGCAGAGAACAUGAGGCUGCAGAAUGAAGCAAAAGAGGUUCAGGAUGAUUGGAAGUACGUCGCCAUGGUUAUUGACAGGAUCUUCCUUUGGGUUUUUGUGCUGGUGUGCAUCUUGGGAACAGCUGGCCUCUUCCUCCAGCCGCUCUUACUUGGAGAAGACAUUUGAGUCAGUUUAAUAAAAAGAAAACAUAUUUCCUCUGCACGAUUGUCUAGACAAGGCUCUCAAAUAGAAAAAGAAAUGGUAACUGUGGUAUAUUG